AUGGCCGAACUUAGUGGGGCACCUCCCACCCAGCUCCCCUCAACCUCGGAGCCAAGCAAGGCUAACGAAAAACCCUUACCAGCAAAUCUCAAAGAAUUGAUUGAGCCAGUGGAAGAGGGAAAGUGGCCUGAUUUCGGAUUUAUCCUCUUCCGAACUUACUUCGACGAUGAGGAGUUGUGGGAUAAGUUCUAG